AAAAGUGUGGCCCUCGUUUAUUGGUGUGAAACAUCCCGCUGGGGCUUGUUUCAACUUCGCUGAAGCCACGCCUCGCUAGCGAUUAUACCGUCGACACGCCAUUGACAAUAGGGAUGAUGAGAAGGACCGAGUAAUGCCGAGUGAAUACGCAUACAACAUUCCAGCGAAUCUAUAAAUUCCAGUCAAUAUGGCCCGCAAGCGGACGAGUUGCAUUCUACGAGGGCGCACUUCGUUCCUCGUCUGCUUCGGCCCAUACUCUCUCUCUCUCUCUUGUUUUGUUUUCGUUAGACCCGCUCAUCGCCCACCAUGAAGAGCUUUCUGUUUUCAUUAGGUGCCGCCGGCUUAGUCGCCGCGCUCCCGAAAAAUGCCCCGCGAGCUGCGGAGGAGUUGCCGACGCUUGGGCUAGCGAACAUAACAAAGAUCGACAUGGCCGCCGGCGGUCUACAGGGCCGUCGCCUAGCGGGUCCGUUUAUGGGAGUCGACUUCCCUGACCCUAGUAUAAUAUGGGGUGACGGCUCAUGGAAAGCCUACGGCACAUCAUCGAAUGGAAAGAAGAUCCCCGUCGCCACAUCGUCGGAUACCUGGUCGUGGACGCUCACCGGAAACGAUGCGCUGCCGGACCCGGGAUCCUGGGUUGACCCCAAUGAUCAAGGUAUCUGGGCGCCGGAUGUGCAGAAGAACGAUGCUGGUACAUACGUAAUGUACUACACCGCGCACCAAAACGGCGGAAGCCACUGUAUCGGCGCCGCGACAUCGAGUUCAGCACUAGGCCCCUUCACACCACAGAGCCAACCACUAAUCUGCGACGGCGGAAACGGCGGUGUUAUUGACGCCUCCGGAUACGACGACGGCACAGACCGGUGGAUUCUAUGGAAAGUCGAUGGAAACAGUCUCGGCGGCGCAACAACUUGCCAGGGUGGCACACCCUCCGGAUCGUACAAGUCGACGCCAAUUAAGAUUCAGCGAGUAGCGCGCGAUGCGCUCACUUUACUAGACAGCGCGAAGACGAUUUUGGAUAACGAGGGUGCGUCAAAUGAUGGCGUGGUCGAGGCGCCGUCGCUGUAUAAGAUCGGUGAUGGAAACUUUGUCCUCUUCUAUAGCGCGCAUUGCUACUCCAGCGAUGAUUACGACGUCGAAUACGCCUUCUCGAGCACCAUUGAUGGUAGCUACGGAAACCGGGGCAUUCUGAUCCGAACUGUCGAUAACCGUGGUGUUUUUGGACCGGGUGGUCUAGAUAUCGACCCCAAUGGCAAGAGUGUCGUUUUCCACGGCCGCUUGAAUGCUAAUGAUGGUGGUGCUGCGCGUGAACUGUAUAGCGCGGAGUUGACUAUCAACGGACAAUCAAUUACCGCAUAAGGAACUUACUUAUAAGGGGUUUCAUAUUAAUUUGGGUUGGCGUUUAAUAGCGAGGGUUACGCAUAUGAUGGUGUGAUGAACGGGCCUGUCGUCGCUGGAGAGACAGGCCGGAGCUUGCAUAUAACUUCUAGCGAUUGUCAUGUACAUAUUUUUAUAUUCUGGACAUACAUA